UGGGGUUCUAUUAGUAGAAUUAAAACAAAGAUGGCCACCGCCCGAAGUUUUUCAUUCAUGAGAAAAAACCUGAAAAACUCUCCUUAUUUUAGGAAUUCUGGAGGAUUUCAGCUUCUUUCAAGAGCUGCAUUUUCUAUAAGGGAAGGAAAGGUUUUUUCCAGCACUGAUUCUACAAAUGAUGGCUUUUCUGGACCAGAAAUGAUGCAUAUGAAGGAAAUCAAGUAUCACUUAAGGAAUUCAGUAUUAGGACCGUCCAAGUACUGGAGUGGUGAAACAACAAGGCUUGAUUUACCAACACUAGAACAGCCAGAGAGGCAAGACCAGCUUCCUUCCAGGAGAAUGAAAGACAGCUAUCAGGCCGCCAUUUUGCCAAUUGGAACAGACUUGAAACUCAGACAAAAAUACUUGAAUUUCUAUCAAACUGUAAGGUUAGGGAAAAUUCUCGAAGACCUGGAUAUUCUAGCAGCCUGGAUAGCAUAUUUGCACAUUCAUGGGGGCUGCAAAGCCAUGUUAAACUCUGAUACCCCCUCACCUCACACUGUUGUCACAGCUCUAGUUGACAGGAUUGAUCUUUAUGAGCAGUCCAUUCUACCAGAUCAUGAUAUUCAAAUAUCUGGCAAUGUAACAUGGGUCGGCAGAAGUUCAAUGAAAGUAUCUAUGGACCUUAAACAGGAUAGGGAUGAUGGCUUGUUUCAUAUUCUUGAUGCAUGUUUCUUAAUGGUGUCCCGAGAUGUGAAAAAUGCAAGGGCUGCUUUAGUAAAUCCUCUAAUGCUGGAAACAGAAGAAGAAAAAAGAAUUUUCAAGAAAGGAGAAGAAAAUCGCAACAAGAGUAUUGCAAGUGGGAAGACUGAUCUGAUGAAAAAAGCCCCUACAGCCCAGGAAAGUGAAGAAAUACACAACUUGAUGUUAGAGACAUUGCAGUUCGGCAAUCGACCAGUCUUCAGGUCCAUGGAUGAUAUCAGGUUUCGCAAAAGUGUAGAGAUUGGAUCCAUCGUUGAAUUCACUUCACGGAUUGUCUACACACCUCUUCAGCCAACCAAACGUUUUCAAGUCAUGACUGUUGCUGAUGUAAUUCAGCCAACGACAGGAGAGCGUGAAACCACUAACAUCUUUUACUACACGUUUGAAAGCGAAAACAACGUUCGUUCCAUCGCCCCAAGGACGUACGCUGAAGCCAUGCGAUAUCUGAAUGGUAAAAGAAGAUACGAGAAAAGACAAGCGACCAAGUAGUCAGUAAGCGUUAAUCCAACUUAUGAUGUCGUUUUCCUUGGACAACCACGUAAAAUGGCGGAGCCGCCUAAAUAUGAACUGUCAUUCACUGUUGGGUUUGCAGUUCUGUAUCGAUCGAUAUGUGGUAUCAUUUUAUGUAUCCCUAGAAAUAGUUGGUCAACGUUUUCAACUCUAAACUAUACUACCCUCACCCCCCUACCCCAGGAUUAUAUUAGUCCCUACCUCCACCCCCACCCCCACCCCCACCCCCGGGAAAGAGAGUAGUAUUCUCUUAUCAUAGCCUAGCAGCGGCUGUUUAUAUAUAAUCUUUGGGUUUCAUUGCCGAUAAGGUUUAUGUACCACGUAUCAUACCAGUACAAGAUACCCGAUUAUCGGCCGGGUCGGUUUAUCACGCUAUUAUCUCAAGCUGCUGUCUAAUCUCGCUUGCGCAAUCUACUACUCCAAGCAGGUGCUUAAAAUUUGGUAACUAUGACAACAUCAUCCCUUCUCGGCAACGUUGGUCUUCCUUGAUUGGUUGUAGAUGUCAAUUCACAAAACAGAACGCUCUGAAACUCUCUCCGAAAUCUAAAAGUAAGACAAUAGAGAGGGGAAAAAAAAGUAGUGUUAGAAAUGCGACGUAAAACGAAUACGCAUAAAGAUAAUUGGUCAAUCAUUCUUUUUAUUGAGGUUUCGAAAUACUUAGUUUAAUUUAAUUUUCUAAAAGUUUCUGUGCCAUAAGUUUCAUUUUUUACGCGCAUCUUAUUUUCUUAGGAGAAUAUAAAGAUGGGACAACUUUUAGUAAUCGCAUACUAGGAAAAUUUCAUUAAAAAAGCGAUUGGAGUUUUUCUUUUUCAUUGUGACUUGGUAAGUGAAAUAAUCCAAAAAUUCGUAGUGGAAUAACAAUAAAAUUUAAUUUAACUUUAAAAGGAUAAUAGCGUGGAGAAAUUGGUUUCAUUGAUUCUUAUAGUUGCUUAGUCUUUUCGGCCAACUCGAAAGGUAGUGAUAAAAACGAGUCUUACCUUCUUUAAACGGGACUUAUCAGUCUCCGUAGCAUUAACAAUUUUUCCCCUGUAAAUCAGGUUAAGUAAGGCCUUGUCAGUGUUCAAGUGUUGUUUAAAGGGCUAGCCAUGUCAUGUACUGUUUUAUCCAUACAAAAUUUUGAUUUUUGAUA